AUGUCAGACUUUGGCAAGCCGGGUUCGAUAAUGCCAGUCCCCGCCGCCGAUUCACAACCACCAGUCGUGACCACGGCCACAGCCUCAACCACAACCGAUAUCCCGACAUCAGAUGCGCCCCUCCUUCCGCAUCGCCGACGACAAGCCGCAAGACGAAAUGAACUCCAACAACAAACCAACCCUCCUACAAACUCCAUGGCCACCUCCCUCCCCCCCGACGCCUCCUCCCGCCUAGCCGACACAGCCGCCCGCGCGCCCGCCGACUCAAUCCGCCGCACGCUCUCCGCCCUCCUCUCGCUCUCCAAACCCCGCCUCACCGUCCUAGUCGUCCUCUCCGCCAUGGUCCCCUACGCGCUCUACCCCGUCCCCGCCUUCCUAGCCUCCUCCUCCGCCACAGCCGCAGUCGACGCCAUCCCGUCGCUCUCCCCCCUCACCCUCCUCUUCCUGACCACAGGCACGACCCUCUGCUCGGCGGCCGCCAACGCGCUCAACAUGCUCUACGAGCCCGACACCGACGCCAAGAUGACACGCACCCGCACCCGGCCCCUCGUCCGCCGCCUGCUGACCACCCGCGCCGCCGUGCUCUUCGCCGUCGGGUGCGGCGCCGCGGGCGUCGCCGCCCUCUACCUGGGCGUCAACCCCACGGUGGCCUUCCUGGGCGCGGUCAAUAUUGCGUUGUAUGCUGGCGCGUACACGCCGCUCAAGCGUAUCUCAGCGGUGAAUACGUGGGUGGGUGCGGUGGUGGGGGGGAUUCCCCCGCUCAUGGGCUGGGCGGCCGCGGCGGGGGAGAGUGCCACGGCGGACGGGACCUGGCGGGAGUUGUUGUUUGCGGGGGAUGGGUCGAGCUUGGGCGGGUGGUUGUUUGCGGGGCUGUUGUUCGCGUGGCAGUUCCCCCACUUCAUGCCGCUGUCGUGGGGCAUUCGGGAAGAGUACAAGGCGGCGGGCCUGCGCAUGCUGUGCUGGGUCAACCCGGCGCGGAAUGCCCGCGUCGCGCUGCGCUACAGCCUGGUGUUUGUUCCGCUGUGCCUGGGGCUAUGUGCUGCCGGGGUUACCGAGUGGAGCUUCGCGGUGACGAGCCUGCCGGUGAACUUGUGGCUGGUCCGGGAGGCAGUCAAGUUCUGGCGCUAUGAGGGCCACAAGGGGAGUGCGCGCAGCCUGUUCUGGGCCAGUGUCUGGCAUCUGCCUGUCAUCAUGGUGCUGGCGCUCGCGCAGAAGAAGGGCAUGUGGGCCCGUGUGUGGAGUAGUGUGACCGGGGCGCCGGAGGAGGAGGAGGAGGAGGAGGAGGAUGACGAUGAUGAUGAGUUUGACGACGACGACGGCGAUGCCGAGUGGGUUCGGAAGGUUGGGACCGGGACCGGGUCCAGGUCCAGUCGUGUCGGGAUUGUGGGUCCUGCCGCUGGCAAUGCUCGGAGGUAA